ACCUUCUCAACCGCCGAGAUCGAUUGUUUCAACUUUGACGUAGGAACGAACUCAAUGUUGACCUCUAUAGUUAAGUCGAAAUUAAAAGAUUUACAACGACUUAAAAAUAAUACCUUUAUUUCUAUGAUUAUACAAUCAUCAUUUUAUUGUAUGGACACGUAACAAUCCUAUACUUGUGACCUUAAAAUCACAAAAUUUAAUAGUGCGUACAAUAGAGUCGAAUAUCAGUUUACGGAAAAAGAUAUCUUAGUCAAAAGAUACUACAAAUUGUUAUGUUUGAGUGAACGCCCAUAGGAAGACAAACACCUUAUCUAAAAGGUUUUUUUUUCAAAUUCUUUAUGCCUAAUUUUACUUUAUAUGAAGUGCUUUCCGUGUGCAUAUAUAGGACGGUUAUUAGUUGACAUAACACGCUAACAACAAGAAAUGAAACAAGAAAAUGAAACCGGAUCUUUGUUUAAACAUUGUGUUCACGAUGAAGAAGGAGAAACAAUCCCUAGAUAUAAUGGAAAGUACCCACAGGAAAACGGACACACCUGUAAUGGAAACACCAAGGUAUCUUCACACCAUGAGAUUGCCUUUGAUGAGACGUUUGAAGAGACUCCACUCAUGGCAGCCAUUUUGACUUAUCUGUCUUAUGGAUUGAUGGUAGUUAUAGGUCACAUACGAGACUUUUUACGAAGCAUUGGAAUAGAAAAAGAAAAGACUUGUACAGAACCGAAACUUCCAGGAUUUGUACCCUUAUAUCAGAGCUGGGAAAAUUUCUACACACGAAAUUUAUACCGGCGGGUGCGUGACUGUUGGAACAGACCAAUCUGUAGUAAUCCAGGAGCCACAAUGGACGUUCUAGAAAGGACAUCAAAAGAUCAUUGGUGGGACUGCGAAAUAACAGGCAAAAAGCACACCGUGAUAAAUCUAGGAUCUUACAACUAUUUGGGAUUUUCUGAUUGUAAAGGACCAUGUGCCGAAGCUGCUACAAAAACAACACAAACAUACGGUAUUGCUACCUGUGGCAGCCGACAGGAACUAGGUUACUUAGAUAUUCAUAAGAAGUUAGAUACAUUAGUAGCAGAGUUUUUAGGUGUUGAUGCAGCUAUAACCAUACCAAUGGGAUUUGCUACUAAUUCAAUGAACAUUCCCUGUUUAGUAGGAAAGGGUUGUCUUAUUUUAAGUGACGAACUAAAUCACAGCUCAUUAAUUUUAGGAGCAAGGUUGUCAGGGUCCUCGAUACGAACUUUUAAGCAUAAUAAUAUGAUAGACCUAGAGAAUAAGUUAAAGUCAGCUGUUAUUGAAGGACGACCGAGGCUAAGUCGACCUUGGAAGAAAAUUAUCAUUCUUAUUGAAGGUGUUUACAGUAUGGAAGGAUCAAUUAUACGUUUACCAGAAGUCAUCAAAUUAAAGAAGAAAUACAAAGCCUAUGUAUACUUAGACGAGGCUCACAGUAUUGGUGCUAUAGGUAACAGUGGUAGAGGGGUGGUAGAUUAUUUUGGACUGGAUCCUAAGGACGUGGAUGUAAUGAUGGGAACAUUUACUAAAAGUUUUGGUGCUGCUGGGGGAUAUAUAGCAGGCAAUAAGAAACUCAUACAUUACCUAAGACUUAACUCGCAUGCAUCAGUGUAUUCUAGUUCUAUGCCGCCUGCAGUAACACAACAAAUAAUCUCAUCAAUGUUAAUAAUAAUGGGCAAGGACGGAACCACAGAAGGACUUAAAAGAAUAAACCAAUUAAAAUGGAAUACACAGUAUUUUCGGAGGAAAUUAAAAGAAAGUGGUUUUAUUAUUUAUGGGAAUGAUGAUUCACCUGUUGUGCCUUUACUGAUAUUUCUACCAUCUAAAGUGGCGGCUAUGAACAGAACGUGUCUAGAGAAAGGAUUAGGUAUUGUAGUUGUUGGUUUUCCCGCCACACCAAUAAUAGAAUCACGUGCUAGACUUUGCUUAUCAGCUGCUCAUACUAAAGAAAUGCUUGACAAGGCAUUAGAUAUAAUAAAUGAAUGUGGUGACAUGUUCCGUAUAAAAUACUCAAAAAAGAAAUGCUGAAAAAGGCAGCCAAUUCCUAAGGUUCAUGACGAGGCGUCACAAUAUGCAAAAGAUGUGAUAAACAUAUAUGAUCAAAUAACUGAGACCCUUUUGGUCUAAAAGUAUUAUAUGUUCUGGUUUAUGGAACAAAAUAUGCUGCUUCAAAAACUAAAUUAAGAAGGGAGGAAAAUAGCUUAUUGUUUAUGAUAUAAAUAUCGAUUUUCUUAUUGUUAAAAAUACUAUGUAACAUUUAAA